CUCUCAUUGCUAAAAAGGUUCACAGUGGUACGACAACGAAAUGUCACACAACUCUAUGCUAGCGAUGCUGUAUCCGCCGCAUACAAUACCAUCAGGAUAACAUACUGUCGAACGAUGGAGAUUCCCAAGCUGAAAUUAUUCGUCCAAGUCACACGCAAGAUUACUUUAUUCCCUUUUUUUCAAUCGCAUACGAAGUUCUUUUUCGCUCGUAUGUUUUAGGCUGUAAUUCAUAACUCUGGAAAGUAUGUUAAGAAAUCGAGAAAUUGGCUAGCAAACUUAAAAAACCGAGUCCAUCUACGAAAACUCUCUUAUUUGUAAACGAAUAUUUUUCCAAUGGUGUUUACACGCUCUCCACGAUUACCGAUCAGAGUUUCAUAAGCUGCACUUCUCACUGUGAGACGAAGAUAUUCGUUUAUAAAACAAACAGCAGUUUCAUCAAGCAUGAUAGCAAGAUUAUUAGUAUUUCGAGAUAAAUUAUCCAAAAUCGGCAGAUCGCCUUUGGGCCGUAACGCGACAUCAAGCAAUCAUAUUCAUCGAAGAAAACUACCAGUUAAUAAUAUCGCGUAACAAUCGAUACUUGUUACAACUUGACAUGGAGUACCCUCUCGGAAGAACCACGAAGGAGAUGCUCUCUUUCUCUGGAUAACUUGUACGUGUAAAAUGGAUCACGCAAUAAAAUAAUGUCCGCACGGACAUCAUUUUCGUUACACACGAACGAUGAAAAACUUGAUGCGGACCACACCGAAAUAUAUAUAUAUAUAUAAAAAAUAUAAUAUUUGAUAAUAUGUAAUAGUAAAUUAAAAGUAAAUAACUUGUAAAUACAUCGUCGUAAGAACGAUGUACAAGCGUACAUCAAAGCGAAUACCAGAUCGUGUCUUGAUUAUUACGAUUGUCGCUACUGUUGUUAUUAUUAUUGUUGUUAUCGUUAUUGAAAAUGACAAUACUUAUGAUGAUGGUGGUGAUGAUGAUGAUGAUGACGACGAUGGUGAUGAUUACGACUACGACGAUGACGACGACAAUGAUGAUGAUGAUGAUGACUACGAUGGUGAUGAUGAAAAACGACAAUAUUCAUGAUGUUACAGAUAAAAGAAAAAGUUGCUAGCCAAAUUUAUAUACUUAACAUAGUUACAGAGGUACUUAUUAAGCCUCGAAAGAAAAGACAUUGUUUUUGUAAUAUUAUCUUGCAUAUUUAAUAAGAAUUAUCUUAACGAUCGUUUGCUGUAAUAAUAUCAAUAAUUAUUUUCAGUGCGGAGUCUGGUAACAAAAGUCAGAAGAGAGACGAUAAAG